AGCGCCAUUCCCAUCGUGGAAAGCCAUCAAGAUUUAAAGUGUCCCAAAAAGGGUGUCUGCUCUCCCAGCCCCUGAUCCGCGGUUCCGCCGCUCGACUGAGACGUGCUUCUACAUCAUCCUCGCCCUGCGACAGCUUUUGGAUGCCCGCUUUAUCUCCUCGUUCUAUGUUCAUCUUCUUCGUAAAUAUCUAAGGUGCUCUCUGCCUCUCUCCAGAAUCACAGUCGUCACCCUGGCUAAGCUUCACCGAAUCCUCACCGAUCUAUGCAAUGACUUGCCUUCCUCCGGUCAUUCGUCACCAGCCUCCUCGCCCACCGACAACGCCCCCAUGACGCUUUCGAGCCACGCGUCGCUGGCGCCGCGCAGACGCCUGGUCGCCUCGCUCGUGGCUUCGGAUCUGGCGAAGAAGUUUGCGCGGUUGAAUGAGGCGGACAGCAGUCGAGUGCAUGGAUACGCGGCGGCGGCAUCGCAGUCGGCGUGGAGCUGCGAUAGGGCGGCGAACGAGAUGGCGCGGAAUCGAUACUCGAACGUCUUGCCAUGGGAUAGCAACCGAGUCUGCCUGAACGUUGGUGAUGGUGCAAACGACUACAUCAAUGCCUCUCCCAUAUGUCUCCAAGCGCCCAGAUCAAGGCCACGACGAUACAUAGCUUCCCAGGGACCUACUCGACACACUACCCCACAUUUUUGGCACAUGGUCUACGCCGAGACUUCAGAUCCGGCCGUUAUAGUAAUGCUCACACGAACCUACGAAGGGCCGCGCGAGAAAUGCUACCAGUACUGGUCCGACGGCACGCAAGAGAUCCGCUCUUCGGAGUUCAGCUGCCGGAUUACCUUGACCGACAAAUACCACUACGACAAGGCAGACUGCACCGUUCGACAAUUCAAGCUCGAGCCUUUUUCUCCCGACGGAAGCGAAAACGGGAACAAGGAUAGACCGUCGAAGACAGUCUACCACAUAUACUACGAGAACUGGGUCGACUUUGGCGCGCCGGAGCCAGGACGGGAGCAUCAGAUUCUCGAGCUUUGUAACCUGGCAAACACGAAAAACUCUACAGACAGCCCGCUCGUGGUCCACUGCUCGGCAGGCGUGGGACGAACGGGUACUUUUAUCACCGCGGACUUCUUGCAGAGCUGUGUCCAGGAAGGACCAGCUGACGACAAAGACAACGACGACGACGAAGCCUUGUCUGAAAACCACACGGUCGCGUCUUCGGCCCUGUUGUUUUCAGAGCAGAAUUCUUUAUAUUCGAAUUAUACUAAUACCGACCGGGGUGAUCUCCCUGAUCCGGUGUUUGACACCGUCGCCACGCUGCGCCGUCAGCGAAUGCUCAUGGUCCAAAGCGUGUGGCAAUUCAAGUUUUUGUACCAAAUCCUGCGGACUAUAGUUUUUGACGAACACAUGUAACCAUCCUUCUUUUUUUUUCUUGUUGUUUUAAGGGCUCAAAGCAGAAUAUUAUUUCUUAUA